AUGGCCAAACCGUCAACUGGUUCUGAAAGGUUUCGUAUCCAGAUUGAAGAGCAAGCUCGUGCUACAGCAGCCUUCCAGCAGCGAAACUCUGAGCUCAGCCACCAGGUCAAUGAUUUACAAGAUCAACUACAAGCUGAGCGUGCAAACACACAAGAGAUUAUUAACUUGGAGCGCGCUAAGAGAGAACAACUUGAGGGGAAGUUAAAAGAAGAGCGUGCUGAAAGGGAAAGAUUGUUGGAAGCGGAGCGAACAUCAAGAUUGAAAUUUGAAAAAAACAUGAUGGCAAAGUUUGCAGAAUUCAGCAAACAGAUGGGAACCCAACAGGUGUUUACGAACAGGAUUGGCAAAGAAAAUAGUAAUCCAAACUUCCAAAAUACUCUUUUACAGAGACCUAGUCCUAAUAAGGCUGCAGGUCCAAGGCCAACUGUUAUUUCUUCAAAUGCGCUCAUACAUGCUUCAACAAGGAACUCUCGAAUGUUUAAAGCAAUUGUAAGUCACAACUUUGCUUUCUCUUCAUUUUCACCUGCAUUUUAUACGUCAUAG